AUGACUGACUUGGGUGUCUUGCGGAAUUUUCUUGGACUUGAAGUUAGUUAUUCUUCUGUUGGGAUAUCUGUUAAUCAAGCUGAGUAUGCCCGCGAUGUGCUUACUUGGUUUGGUAUGCUUGCUUCCAAACUUUGUCAUACUCCUAUUGCACUUAUUGCUUCAUCUGAUGUUGGUUCACCCUGUACUGUCGAGAAUGCUCAUACUUAUCGAGCUAUGGUUGGUGCCUUGCAAUAUCUCACAUUUACUCGAUCAGAUAUCACGUUUUCUGUUGGGAAGUUAUCUCAACAUAUGCAUGCCCCUUACGUUUUCUCUAAACGGGUAUUGCGCUAUAUAAAUGGUUUUCUUCAUGCCGGUCUUUUGUUCAAGAAAAGUGGUUCUAUUGAUGAAGCUCUUAGGCUUCGAGCCUUUUCUGAUUCGGACUGGGCUGGUGACACCCUUUCGAUAGACGAUCUACUACUGGAUUUGUUGUUUUCUUGGGCUCAAAUCCUAUAUCUUGGGCUGCUAAGAAACAGUCCACUAUUUCUUAGAGUUCUAUGGAGGCUGAAUAUCGAGCUCUUGCCAUCACUGCGGCUGAAAUUUCUUGACUAA